CAUUUAUUGACCGAGCCUGCGAUUUUAAAAUGAGUGCGCUGGUGCCUGACCAAGCCCACACGCAUGUGACUGCGCUAUUUGCUCUUUGCAAAGUCCUCCCAGAGUUUUGCAGAGAGUUCUGUACUUUGGUCCUGCGCCUGCACAGACCUCACACCUUGGUCCCAGAGCCAGGCCCACCCCCACUCCCGCCUCUGACUGGGAGGUGAGCACGCUUUUGGGUCACCCUCCCGACCAUGUUUUUCCUCAGUCCAGGCUUGGUGGCUGUCAUCUGUGCUUUCAUCCUGUGGAUCUUUGAUCGAAAGAGGAGGGAGACUCAGGCCAGGGCUGAAGCUCGCCCCAGGGUGGAGGAAGACUUGAAGGACAGCACUGACCUCCAGCAGGUGGAAGAAGGCAGUGUGGACAAUGAGAGAGAGAGACAGAGAGAAAGGUCUUCCUUUUCCAUUGGUUCACCCUCCAAUGGCCGCCGCGGCCGGCGCACCGCGCUGACCCGAUGGCAGGAGCCAGAUGCCGAUGAUGUGGAGGAGCCUGAGGAGAAUGUGGAACACAUCCCAUUCAUCCACACCCGGUAUUCUGAGAAGGAAAUGGUUAAGAGGUCCCAAGAAUUUUAUGAACUUCUCAAUAAGAGACGUUCGAUCAGGUUCAUAAGCAAUGAGCAGGUCCCUAUGGAAGUCAUUGACAAUGUCAUCAAAGCUGCAGGAACAGCCCCAAGUGGGGCCCACACAGAGCCCUGGACCUUUGUGGUGGUGAAGGACCCAGCCGUGAAACACCAGAUCCGGGAAGUCAUCGAGGAAGAGGAGGAAAUAAACUACAUGAGAAGAAUGGGGCACCGAUGGGUGGCAGACCUUAGGAAGCUGAGAACCAACUGGAUUAAAGAUUACUUGGACGAUGCCCCUGUUCUGAUUCUCAUUUUCAAACAAGUACAUGGCUUUACUGCAAAGGGCAAGAAAAAGGUGCACUAUUACAAUGAGAUCAGCGUUUCCAUCGCCUGUGGCAUCCUGCUAGCUGCCCUGCAGAAUGCAGGGCUGGUGACCGUCACCACCACUCCUCUCAACUGUGGGCCUCGUCUGAGGGCGCUCCUGGGCCGCCCCGCCCAUGAAAAGCUGCUGAUGCUGCUCCCUGUGGGGUACCCCAGCAAAGAGGCCACGGUGCCCCACUUCACACGGAAGUCCCUGGAUCAGAUCAUGGUGACUGUGUAGGAAGGAGCCCCUCAGGAGACGCCGGUGGAUGCCGCCUGGCUCCUCCCUCCGGCUCUCUCCUGCCCCUCUCAGCCCUCCUGGCUGCUGUUCCUUGGGUGUCAGUGUCCUGAGUGCACCAUUUCACAGGGUGGCUACUCUGGUGUCAAGAAAGCUUCCCACGCCGUCCAGCACGCCGGGCCAGAUAUGCCUCAUUUUCAAUGGACUGCGUGAGUGGGGAACAAAGAGAACAAAAGAUCCUUGGCUAUGAGCUUCUGUUACUCAUCCACUUUGCAAACGUAUGAACAUUUUUACCAAGAACUCGCCUUGGAAUUCAUUUUUAAAAUCACUCUGGAAAAGCCCUGGUGACGUUGCUGUUACUUCUUUAACAACUCAUAUGGAGUCACAUCUCAAUAUUACCUCCGUGAGUCGUGUCCAUGAGCCAAAGGUGGCCGCGGGUUGUAGGGGUCAAGCACUAGAGCAGCCUAGGUUCCCACUCCUGCUCUGCCAGGCUUCUCAGGGGGGAAAAUCCUCAUUUCUAUGGUGACCUUAGGUGGAAGUAUAAAAUGGGGUUAACCAUACUUCCUCCCUCCAGUUGCUCUAACAAAUUCUCAGAAACUUGGAGACCUGGGGCUUGUGAACAAUAGAAAGAGUGGGCUGCAGACUGCUGACCUCUCAUUGCGUCCUCACAGGUGGCAAGAGGGUCAGAGGAGUCGCCAGCAUGUCUCCUUAAGGGCACCAGUCCCCUGCGCGAAGGCUUUGCUCUUGGGACCUAGUCACCUCCUCGCAGCCUCACCUCCCAACACCGUCAUGUCACACUGGGGUUGGGAAAUUUCACCGUGAAAUUUGAGGGCACCCAUGUAGGCCACUGUGUCCCCUCGUGGGGUUGGCAUCCUGCUUGGUACACAGCUGAGGAUAAGGUGAUGAUGGUGGAUACUGUUGCCACCACUGCCAUUGUGGGACAACCCUGCUUUGGGAUCCAGGUGAGAAAGGGACAGAGGUGGGCGAGAGGCUCCCCACCCCCGCAGAAGCCUGGUGGUGGCAGAGAGCUCCCCUGGAGACACUGCCACUGGGAACCUGAAAUCUUGUUUUUCCUCUGUGCUGUUAGAUUAUUUGUAUCUGUUUGCGGGCAUGUUUAAAAUUUUCAUUAAAAAAAAAUUGGAGGCACCAGUGUUGUGGCGCAGUGGGUUAAGCCAUCACCUUGAACACCAGCAUCCCAUACGGAGCAGUGGUUCCUGGUUGCUCUGCUUCUGAGCCAGCUCCCUGCUAAUAUGCUUGGAAAAAAAGAGGAAGGUGGCCCAAGUAUGUGGUCCCUGCACCCACGUGGGAGACCCAGAAGGAGCUUCAGGCUUCUGGUUUCAACCCUGCCCAGCUCCAGCCAUUAUGACCAUUUGGAGAGGGAACAAGUGGAUAGAAGGCCUCUCUCUCUCUCCCUCUCCCUCUCCCUCUCCCUCUCCCUCUCCCUCUCCCUCUCCCUCUCUCUGUCACUCUGCCUUUCAAAUAAAUAAAUCUUUAAAAAGUGGCCAUGGAGAAGCUGGCCACCACUGGGAAGGCCUAGCACAGCAUUAGUAACAGGGUGGAUGACAUUGAGAGCCCUGUUGGGGUACACUAGGACACACUCAUCACCACUUCUGGAGUGUUCCUGCCAUAAAUGUCUGCAUAGAAAAGAACCAAGCCUCCACCCUGAACUUCUGAUUUACAAUCAAGGAGAAGUUUAGAGAAACCAGUUAAUUUCCUGGUUGAAAUCCUCGGCGUGUGGAUCAUUCUGCAGGAAGUGGGACUGGACUCCUUCUGUGGUCAGUGUCACCAAAGGAAAAACACUAGGGGACACGUCCCAACCUUGCUACUCAAAGUGUGGUCCUCGGCCAGUGCAAGUUUCUUAGAAUGAGAGACUCUUGGGCCCCACCCGGCCCUGUGGGAUUCAGACGUGCAUGGACCAGCCUCUCUGGUGACGUGCAUGUAAGACAGAGAGGGAGAAGCCCUGCUGCAGGUAGCUGGAGACAUGACCUCCACAUGCAAAGGAUGAACCUUGACCGGAGUCAAGAACAAGAAGACAACCAGGACUCUCAAAAUGAACUUGGAGUUGGGUGACGGUGCAGCUGUGUGAGACGUGCAUGGUGAAGUAUGAGUGAUGGAACACCGUAUCUGCAAUUCCCUUAGAAGAAGAGUGGUGUGUGUGGCUGUGUGUUGAGAGAGAGAGAGAGAGCGCUGAUCCAGCAAACUGUUAGAUGCAGCGUGCCAGAUUUUCAUCAGACUCUUAUUUUAGCUUUUCUCUGUGUGUGAAAUUUUUCAAUGUAUGAAGCUAAAGGAACAAAAGAACACCUAGAGUCCAAGGGAUGGCAACACCGCACGUAAGUGGGCAGUCCAUUCAAUCACGUAAACCGUCUGAAAGGCCCCCUGAGCCCUGCAUCAGGCUUAGAGAUGCACCCAAGGCAGCAGAUUUCAUGCCUGUGUCAUGGAAUUAUCUUGGAAUGGCCCCAGUUAGCUGCAUCUGAGAUGAGAAAACGGGAAACAUAGGAGCUGCCAGGCCAGCAACUCACCUCACUGGCAGGGCAGUGCCGCAGGGGAAGGGACCCUGGAAGCAAUGUAAAAUCCAGAAGGGAACAUCUCCCAGGGGCAGGAACGUGUGACAAGCCUGCUGCCUGAGCAUGCUCCACACUGACUUCACAUCAGGGCGGGUCAGGCAGCUCCCAGCAGGUACAGUAUCUAACAAGCUAAGGGUAAUGCUAUUCCUUCCCUCUGCAGCCCCAAGCUCUUAUUAACCUCCUUUCACAUGUUCAUUCAAUGCAGUCAUGUGACAACCGUGUUCAAAGUUGGACACCGUGGUCUGGGAGGCUUGGAGAGUCUGUUAUAGUUUCUAGGCCUCAAAAUGGGGAGCUAUGGAAUGAUUUCAUCACCGCCAGGAGAAAAACUUCAUCGUGAAACUUGGAUAUGGUUUGUGUCUCGCCCAUAGGUUUCAUUCAAAGGUGCCACUUGGCCAAGAGGGAAACUUCACUUAGGGGAGUUAGGUCCAUAUUAGCAUGGACAGGACAGUGUUUCGUCACAGUCACCCACCAGGGAGUUGACAGAGCACAGGGAGUUGACAGAGCACAGGGAGACCAGAGAGCACCCUGCUUGGGUGGCCACAGCUAAUGUCCAGGGCAUCCAGGAGCAGGAGGCAGAACAUCGAAGGAGAACAGUAUCCAAAGCUGAGAUUCAGUACAGGAAGAGAGGUUGCUCUAAUGGAGUGUGAGAUGCCGUUAGCCCACUUUGGAAAUCCUAAAAGGUCACAAGGAAGGGGAAUGGCUUUGUUCUUGUGACUUGAGAAUCUUGGGUCAGGGCCAAAUGUUCAGGAUUAAAAUGCCAUGAGAGCAGGAUGGAAUUAUGUUAGCCAUUUCUUUAGGGUGCCAAAUAAAUGCAGAAGCCAAUGAGGUCAUAGAGGAAGUUAGCCAAGCCAGGUGGAGUUGCCAACUUCCUUCUAUUAACUAAAAAUAAGAACUUAGAGGUAUAUGGGAUGAAGAUUUUAAAAUCACACUUCCCUGAAGGGUGCCAACUGGGCACUUCCUGUUGUCAUGGUAACCCAGGCAGUGCUCAGGCUGUCCACUCUUCAGCAAUGGAGUUCUGGAACAUUCUCUGGCUCCAGGUCACCUUGGCUCUGUGAAGCUGUAGUGUGGUCCUCAGCUCCUGAUGCAGCAGGUUUAAAUCCUUGAGGCAGUAAAUCUGCGCUGUUUUUCAGUACAUGACUCUCCAAGUCUGGGACUAUUUAGAAUUAGAUACUGAGAUGAGAAAAUAAAUAUAAUAUCGCUACCUUCAUGUUAAGGGUAGUGCUCCAUUUUGCAUUACCGUAAGGAAAUAACUUGAGGCUGUGUGACUUUAUAAAGAAAAGAGGCUUUCUCAGCUCAGGGAUCUGCAGGUUCAAAGACCUGCAUCUGGUGAUGGCCUUCCUGCUGGUGUAGUCCCAGGGCAGCACAGAGCACCCCAUGGUAAGAGACAGGGAGUGCACCUGCGUGUGUGUGUGUCUCUCUGGUCUUUCCCCUCUCAUUGUGAAGCCACCUAGACCCAGUCAUGGUCAUGGAGCUCCACCCUGAUGACCUAACCCAGUCCUGACCACCUCCCAAAGGGCCCCCUCUAAACAUCGUGGUCGAUUAAAGCUUUACUGUGGGGACUGAAUUUCAGCUCAAACUCUUGAAGGAAGCACUCAAACCGUAUCCAAACCAUAGCAUUAAAUUUAAGAACAAUUUUGUGCAUGUUUCUUAUGUAAGUAAUUUGAAUAUUUUAAAAGCUUGUGAUUCCAAUUUAAAAUGUGAAAUUGAUUUUAGGCUUGUGAUUUUAAGUUGAUGGGCAUACAAAUAUUGACAUAGCUCAUUAACAUUAUUAGAAUAGAAUCACUCUAUUUAUGGAUUUAAUUUACCGGAUUUAGUAGAGAUUUUUUAUGUAUAUAAAAUAGUCUGCCUUAAUUGGAUAUAAAAGUGUCAUGUCAAUUAUUUAAAUGCUAACUAGGAAACCAAAUGUGAUAAAUUUAAGCAAGGAGUUUGAAAUGUUUAAGCGAUUUUAAUAAACAGAGCUUGUAAAUGAG